GGCGCGAUAAUGUAAUUGUCUCAGUCGCUCGGUACUGGUCAAGACGUUCGCGACACUACUACUGCCUACGCGCCUUUUUUUUCGUGCACCCGCGUAACAACAUACAACGUUAUAUAUAGACUUUGAUAAUUUUUUACUCCUUUCUUCUGGUUUCUUUCCUACACGCACGGCUUAUUAUAAUUGAACUUUCGCGCUCGAGUGCCCAGCCUCUGGACACACUACAAUGCAAUAUAAUGCAUGCAUAUCGCGUUGGCCAUACUUGGGCUAUUUUCUAUUGGGCGCGAACGUAGCGUAACGCAUACAUCUAGACAUCGUUCGCCUAUUCGCACUGCACACGUAAGUGCGCUGCUACACACAAUGCAUAUGGCCUGUGCGGUCUAUAACGCGAACAAAUUCUCGUAGUUUCGCGUCGGAUGCCGGACUGGAAUAUCGCGCGUGUGGUUUUUUUUUUUUUGGUUUUCAUUCGUCGGGUGCACUGCUGCUCGAUACGAGCUCUCUGCUCUCUAAUGCACAGGUGUACCUCGUUGCAGUGUAGAUAUCGUUUUUGUGGUUCUUGCGAUACAUAAAAAAAUCUAAAUAAUAAUGAACCUAUGAAUCAAAAUUUGAGUGUGCGCGGGUGAAAAGGUAUCUUCUGGCCGAGAGCAUGCGCGAUCAUGUUUCAGAAAUAUCGAAGAAAAACGCACGGAAGAAGUCGCAAGCACCGGAUCCGAACACCGACGACGACGUCGAGGAGUAGCAGCAGCGACAGAGUAAGACGGAAACUCGAGAGCGAACUGGACUCUGCCCACGUCGCGAAUCUCUGGCACUCCGAUCCGGAUCCGAUCUACCGAUAUCAUCAGGACUUUGUCGACAAGUAUUACGGCGCUCAGCCGUGGAACUAUCCACCGAAGCCAUGGAUGGCAAACAACAUAGUGCCGUGGCUGGUGACGCUGUCGCUUCUGGGCUUUCAGGAUCUGGCCGAUACCACGAGCCGGCCGAAUUCUCAAAUAUCGCAGGAGCUGGAGGCACCGCCGUUGCCGUCCAUCACGUCGUCUCCCGUCACUGAUUUUGUCAUGCCAACGACUGCAUCCUUCGACGAUCCGGCGUUUGGGCAGGAGGAGCCGCCGGCCCACUCGGAUUGCGACUUUCCGAGCAACCACAAUUACGAUAACGUCGAGGGCUCCAAGAUAACCAAGAGGCCGCACGGCUUUCAGAUAGAUCCGAAUUUUUCCUCUACCCAAUCGAAUCACCUCGACACGAAGAAGAAGGAGCGCAACUUGGACAAUCAAAAGGGAGUCAACUCCAACAGCAUCGUUCAAACUCCCAAGAACAGCAAUCGCUUGAAUCAAAGUGAAAGGUUUUACAAUCCCAGUCACUCUUUCAAGCCUCCGAAGGAUAGUGGAUUUAAAGACGAAUAUGCCGGACCAGCCAUGGAAUUGGCUUAUUAUUGGAAAACAGUCGACUACGAAUUCGACAACGACGAAGACCGUCGAAGUCUACUGUACGCGGGUACGUUCAUCCCCGAAAACAAUCUACCUCUGGGUCUUGAGAUUUCCAAAGACCGAAUUUUCGUGAGUUUGCCGAGGUGGAAGAAGGGAAUACCUGCUACUUUAGCGACUAUAUCGACCAAUUCUGAUGACAGGAGCCCAAAACUAAAACCGUACCCAGACUGGAGAUGGCACCAUCUAGGUAACUGCCAGGGUUUGACAUCUGUCUUCAGAAUGCAAAUAGACGACUGCGACCGUUUGUGGGUAUUGGAUUCGGGUAAAAUAGACAUCACUACCGAACCCAAACAGAUCUGUCCACCGACCAUCUUUGUAUUCGACUUGUACACCGACGAAUUGAUCAAAGCUUACACAUUGCCACCCGACCAGAUAAAAGAAGACUCGCUCUACUCGAACAUCAUAGUCGACGUGAAAAACGACGAGUGCGAGCGAGCCGUUGCCUACGCCGCCGACGUUUGGCGAUUCGGUCUCGUGGUCUACGACUUUUUCAACGACUCGUCCUAUCGCCUUCAGCAUCAUUACUUCUUCCCCGACCCACUGUCGUCCAAGUUCAAUUUGCACGGACUCGAAUUCCAAUGGACCGACGGCCUCUUUGGCCUGGCCCUGACCCCUGUCGACGUCAACUACGAAAAGACCAUGUUCUUCCACCCUAUGUCGAGUUUUCGCGAAUUCGCCGUACCCCUGUCGGCUCUGCGAGAUCAGAGAACCGCCGAGAACAGCUCGGACAAGUUCGUGCCCGUCGGCAAGCCGCGCGCCAAGGACUACGGACACUCGUCGGGCUCGACGAUCGAUCGCAACGGCGUCAUGUUCUUCAACAUGGUCACGAGGGACUCGGUCUGGUGCUGGGACACGAGAAAGGAGUACAUACCCCAGAAUCUGGGCGUCGUGGGGGCCAGCAACAUCUCUCUCGUCUUUCCCAACGACAUACGAAUGGACCACGAGGAGGAUCAGAAUCUCUGGGUGCUGUCCAACCGACUGCCCAUGUACCUGUACGGCUACUUGAACAAGAACGAAGUUAAUUUCCGAAUUCUCAAAGCCAGUGCCAAGGAAGCUGUGAAGAAUACGGUGUGCGACCCCAAUUACAUCGUGCCAGAUUCAUUGCCUAGCCUCGAUGUCACCUGCUAAGCACUAUAUUAUAAUUACUCAAUUCGCGAGCUAUUCAUUAAAACGACCUGCUACACGACAAUCGGUACAAAACGAUUUUUCAUCUUGCGGUCGAUGAAAAUAUGAAUAUUUCGUAUUUUACUUACAUUAUAGAUGAAAAAAUAAACUAUCAUGUAUUAGUUAUCUAUGUACCUGUAAUGACAACGAUGUACUUAAUUGUAUUAUA